AUGGCUGAUCCGCUGUCCAUGGCAGCGAGCAUCGCUGGCCUCAUCAGUCUUGCCGACACCCUCUUCCGCCACACAUACAAGUUUGGGCGUACCGCAACCGGCGCCAAGAAAGAAAUCCAAGCUCUUGCUACAGAGAUCAACAGCUUCUCCGGUAUCCUUCGCAACCUCGAGGCACUCGCUGAUGAGCUGGAAGCCGAGGGGCAGGCUUUUGAGCCCGCCUUCCAUGUUGACCAUCUCAUUGAGUGCCGGAAAAUAUUCGACAAAAUUGAACGCCAGGUCACCAAGGCUCUGGACAGCUUCAACAACCGCUCUCGAUGGGAAGGCAUCUCCCGACAACUGAAAUGGCCUUUCUCAGCCUCGGACACGCGGGACUUGUUGCAGCAGCUCUCUCGCUGCAAGGACAGCAUCACCCUCGCAACUUCGGCCGACACCAUGCGCAACUUACAACUAUGCCUCAUGAAACAGCGAGAGCAGGGUCAAACACUCUCCAAGAUGGCAGCAAGUCUUGAGAAGAUUGAGGUUCGGACGGCCAUCAUUAUGGACCCGAGAAAGCAGCUUGUCUUGGACUUCUUCAUGCCACCAAAGCUCAACCCCCAAGCCAACUUGGACCAAAGUCUCAAGCUACGACAACCAGCCACUGGGGAGUGGUUCACUCAGUCCUUUGCCUUUACAGAGUGGCUUCAGUCGCCUGGAUCAAAACUUUGGCUUAACGGAACUGCUGGCGGUGGUAAGACCGUCUUAGCUGGUGCUAUGAUUCAGGAAGCCAUCGUUAGGAGCGGGGCCGAGUCUGAUGUCGCUGUGGCCUUUUUCUUCUGCGAUUACAAGCAAGAGGCGACACUGAAGUCGGUCAACAUCAUCGGGGCUUUGGCAUCGCAGCUUGCCAUUCAAAGAGAUGAUUCGUUUGAUCUCCUGCAGGAGCAUUAUCAGGAACUUCAUCCAGCCCGCGGCCUCAACAAGCCAGCAGACGUGGAUGAGCUUGCAAGAGUCACGGCCAGCAUGUGCAAUUUAUUCUCCCAAGUUAUCAUAGUUGUUGAUGGGCUUGAUGAGUGCGGUGAUGCUGUGUUCCAGGCCCUGGAAACCCUUUGUGACUUGGCCGACCUCGCAAACACGACUUCGAUGGCGCUACUGAGCCGGAACGAGGUCGAAAUUAGACAGGCUCUCGAGGGUGGGUUCAAGGAGUUUAUCAUCGAAGCACGUGAAGAGGACCUCAAAAUCUAUGUCCGGGCCGAGAUGGAACAGAGGAUCCGAACAAAGCAACUGGAUAUCCAAAACAAGACAAUCAAGGAUGAGAUCCAAACGGAGCUGGUCAGUAGGGCAAACGGAAUGUUUCGUUGGGUUGUUUGCCAGCUGGACUAUCUGGGCCAGCUGCUCACAGACGCGGAUCGCCGCCAAGCUCUUUACGAGUUGCCACCAACCCUAUCUGAGACAUAUCUGAGACUGCUCCAGAGGAUCAACAAACGUCCACCCCGAGUCCGCAAACUGGUCCAGAAGUGCCUUAGUUUCAUCGCCCAGUAUCCAACAAUGCCCAUUGAGGAGCUCUGCGUAGCCGUCUCCGUACCCGAGACUAUUGGUGCGCGCAUGGAUAAGACAAACAUAGUUGCAGAGAGAGAGGUUGCUCUGUGUUGUAGCAGCCUUAUACGGAAAUCCGCCCAAGAUGAGUACUUCGAAUUCGCCCAUUUCUCGGUCAAGGAGUUCUUGCAGGAUGAGAUGCUCUUGCAGACUCCGGAACUAGGCGCGUACAGACUUGUCGAGUCGGAAGGCCGAGCGCUGAUCGCUCUUCAAUGCCUAAGGUUCUUGCAAGUUGGCAACAUAGAUGACAAGUACGUGGAAUCUUCCCUCUCUGGCCACGAUCUGGCCGAGGGUCCGGGGUUUUCAUCCUUCUUCUCCACAGCUUCUCGCCGCUGGCUGGAUCUUACUCGGGAUGGACUUGACGACCCUUCACUAUUGAAUGCUGCCAAAUCCCUAUUUCACCACAACGCAACGCUCAACUUUCGUUUUUGGAUCUACAUUCUAUUUCAAGAAAUUCUCUGGUUCUACUUGGAAGAGGAUCCUUGGGAUGAUGUAGAACCAAGGGUCAGAGACCUGUCUUUCAGCGAUUCACUGCCUCCGUUGCACGUUGCCUCGGCGCUCAACAUUCCCGAAAUAUGUUCAUUCCUCAUUCAGGCCGGGGCUCGAGCCGAUGCGAGUUCCCCCCUCGGGACGCCGCUUCUACUUGCCGAAAUUUCGUUUCUCGGUUUCAUAGAGGAUUUGUCGGGCGAAUAUCCUGACCGUGAGUGGUUCUACUUUGAGGACAUUCUGCCCACAUCAUCUCGGCGAAACAACACAAUCGAUUGCCUCAUUUCAUCAGGUGCAUCUUUCAAUGAUCUUGAGGGCCUGGUUGGCGACCAUUCCGUGCUAUUGUCCGUCGCCACCAUUGGAUGUCAUUUCCGGGAUUUUGACCCGUUUAUUACACUGCUGGGCCACGGACACAUCCCUACUGACGGCGACAUAACUGCUUUUGGAGAUUACCUCAAGACAUGGCCCAAGAGCGAAGAUUGCUCAAACUUAGAAGAAGCCAUCCUUAGGCUACUUAACUACUUGAAGAAGUCAUCAUCAUACGACUUAGACUGGGGGUUUGACCUUGGCAACAAGAUCUGGCUUGCCGCCGUCACUCUUGGGUUCGACUUCACAAACGAUACAAGCUUGACGGACAGUCGGAUAUCCCUUUCAGUUGCGGCGUUGGUUGACAAGACUUUAGCCGCAAUCGGCAAUGACGACACUGCCACGCUCCAACUCUGUCUGAAAGACGGUCGUGUUAACGUCAACCAGACUCUCCAGCGAGGCGACAUUGAUGGAACAUUGCUACACCAUGCUGUCGCGGCCGAUGCCCUGGAGUCCACUCGUCUCCUUUUGAAGCUUGGAGGUGACCCUGAAGCUCGUACAAACACGGGGACUCCCACCCUUCAUUGUUGUGAUCUGGAGGGUGACGGGAGCGUCCUGAAGCUUCUCGUCGAGCACGGGUUGUCGCUCCUCGCUCAGAGUUCAGAUUCGGGCACGCUCUGGCAUGCUUGCGCAAGCUCCCAUGCAUGCGAGGUCUCAUUCGUGGAAGCCCUGUUCAACAUUGACCCGGAAUGCAACCAGAAGGCUCUACUUAUGCGAACAGAAGAUGGCUUUACACCCCCAAUGCUGGCCUUGGCAGCUCUCGAGGACGCCCCUCAGGACUACGUCGAGCAAUUAGAAAGCAAAGCCCUCCUGUUCCUACAUUACUGUCAGAAAACGCCGGAUUUCUGGGACAAGCAUGAAUCUUUGUUCAUGUUAGUUAGCCGGGCUGGCUCCAAGAAAGUUUUUCAACUGUUCUUAAAGUUGAACCCUGGGUCCAACGUGAUCAAGCCUGGCGACGCCACACCAUUUCACAGCUUGAGAGUCAAUCCAACAAAAGAGUGGCUGGAAUUCUUAACAGCAACCUUUCCUGCAGCUCUGCAGCUUCGAUAUGAGGACCAGCUACCACUCGAGAGCUAUAUUGAGAGAGCCUUGAAGGCCUCAAAGGCACCGAGGAGUGAUGUGAUACAAGUUCUCUCUCCUUCAGAGAUCUUGAGACUGAAGAACAACAAGGGUGUCACACCAUGGGAAGCUGUGUGUCAUCUGAAAGACCAAGCCCGGCACUGGGAGAACAAGGGGCAUUUCUUAUCAUCGGGGUGGGCAGAUCUUGACCGUACCUCGGCCAAACUAUUGGGCCUUAAAGUAAUGGAAGCCUAUGAAGGUGAAACUGGCCAAUGCGGUGUCUAUCUACUACUGGCUUGUUCCUGGAUAGCCGAUGGCUAUUGGACUGUUGUCCCAGCGACUCUGGAACAAGCUAUACAAUCUUCAAGCCUGUGGGACCCGACCCAAGACGUCGUUGUCGGCUACUUAAAGUCGGUGAUACGGCGUAUGGAUACCUCUACGGUCCAAAUCCUUACCAAGUACGGUACAGACGUUCAUCAGCGAGAAAAUGGGACAAGUCCAAUCGAGUUUGCCUGCGAGUCAGAAGUUGCGCGCGACCUUUGUUCGAAAGACGAGGGAAUCGCCAUUCUCCAAUGUCUUCUUGACCACUCUCGGCCUGAGAGGAUCAGAGAUUUCUCCACUGACGAUCGGGCUUUUUCAAUCUUGCACAGGCUCGCCAUGGAGUCACCUCCCAAGCGCAUUGAGUGGCUCUUGCGGAAACUUAUCGAAAAGGGGGCUGCCCUAGACGCCAUCAGCCCCAUGGCAUCUCCCCAAUCUCGCAUGUCUCCACUCACAUGGCAUCUCAAGCAGAAAUCUAUUCUCUGUGCAGAGGUUCUCCUGGAACUGGGAGCAGAUCCUCUACUGACUGGGAGUGGUGUGUUCGGACCCGCUGAUGCUUUCACGACCGCGGUUGUCGCAGGAUCCCUGAGUUUUCUUGAGAAACUGCACAAUCUCUCGGUAAAGAAAUCCACUGCCAUAGGCUGGACAAGACACAUAGAUGGUGCCUUGGGGCGUGAAAUGGAGAAAAUUCAGGGUCAUCCCUAUUUCACAAACGGCACUCUCUGUCAUUGGGCAUGCGCCGAAAUGAAGUUUGACGUCGUCGAGUUUCUCCUUCAGCGGCAACUGGUCGAGAACAUAGACUCUCCUUGUGAUGGGGGGCUCACGGCUCUUCAUUUUGCUGCUAUGUUCAACCAGGUGGAUAUCAUCGAAAUCCUCGUCUCUCACGAGGCGUCGGUCAAUCUUCAGUCUGACGGAGGCCAGACUGCUUUGCAUCUUGCAGCAUAUCUUGGAAAUAUUGGCGUGACCCGCGCGCUACUGCAACUGGGUGCUAUGAACCUGGCUGACAAGGAUGGACGAACAGCGAGCAUGUUGGCCAGCGCAGAGGGUCAUGACAACAUUGCCGAAAUUGUUGACAGGCAUUUUAGAUCACUCAACAGACUGUCUCCGGAAUCAAUAGCACCUCUAGUUCAGCAGCUGGGAAUAGCAAUCGAGCAAGGCAACUUAGACGAGUGCCAAAGGCUCUUUGCUAUCGGAUGCCCCCUCAAUGAACCGAUGCGUGGAUGGAAGCCGAGCUACCCUCUGGUCUCUGCCUUGAGCAAGGUGCAAAUUGCGAUUGCCCAGUGGCUCCUUGACAACGGGGCAAGCGUCUUGGUCAAUGAUGGGGACACUUGUCAUUUCGACAAAAGCAGCACCGUAGUCGAAAAUGCAGGGGCGUAUCUGGACUAUCUUCAACUUAUUCCCACGAUUCUUGCCAGGUAUCACGACGAAGGCGGAUGCUGGCUUCGUGGGUUCGAAUUCCCCUUGCACUAUGCUGCAUGGACAGGCCAGACAGAGAGCCUCAAGUUAAUACUCAACUAUUUGGCUGAACAUACCGUGGCAAUUAGUUACCGAAGCCAUAUUCGGCCUGAGGAUGUGGUUUGCUCGGUUGUGGACCGCAAGUUAGGGCUUAGAAAGCUGCACCCAGAAUUCUACGACAUAACAGCGUUGCACAUUGCGGUCUGGGUCGGAAACCUUGCUUCUACUCGGCUACUCCUUGAAAAUGGGGCAGAUCCCGAUCAACUUACGACAGAGGGGAAAUGUAUACUUGACUUUACGACUGACCCAAAGAUGACGGCACUUCUUCUUCAACACGGCGCAUCACCAGUCCUCGUUCUCACAGAUUCCUUCAACAACCUCCUCAAAGGUUGGGGGGGCGACUACUCUGUACUGAUGAGGACAUAUCAGGACCACAUGCAAAUCCCAGGUAUAGAACUGCGAGGCGCCCUCGAUUCUUCGGCGCCCUCCUUCAUUACUGAGUCGCCGGAUGAUCUGGACUCUUUGGCCACCCCUGAUACCGUCCUGGCGAUCGCAAGCCAGGGUCAUGGUUAUGUUUUCAAUUACCUACUCUGGGCACUUCCGCAGAUAUCGGCAUUUCUCCUGAAUUCUGAGCUCACUCUGGAAACCGUACAACAAUUCCCCUGGCACUGGACCCAUCGAUUUUCAGCAAUGGGCUUUCUUGACACAUCAUUUAAUCAGUUUCGCCGUCGUUUUGGAGACCGGGGUUUAAAGAGAUGGCUUAACCUUCAGCCCGACCGAGGAUGGAGCCCACUCUGCAGAGCUGCCUCGAAAGGCUCAAUCAAGAUCAUGGAGAACUGCUUGGAUAUGGGUGCCGAUCUUGAUUUUGAAGGAUGCCCCUUAGGCUCGGCUUUGAUGAUUGCGAGCGCAUGUGGCCGGCUCGAGGCGGUCCGGUUACUUGUUCGAAGAGGUGCGACAGUUACCUACAAUGGAAGGAUAGGGCCCAUCAACGUGUUCUCGGUGGCUCGAUCCAGGAAAGUCAAGUCCUGGUUGCUGGUGGGCCGGUUCAACGACAGAUUGAGGCUACACGCGGCUGACGAGGCUUCAACUCGCCACUCCAACACCCAAGUGAGCUGCUGGGGUGGGAUCGUGAAAGCCAGGUUCAAGCUCGUGGGCUGGACAGCAAGGCAUGGUGAAGAGUCAGCAUUCGAAUAUGCUCGAAGACUGUGCCAGAUCAAGCGGAUGGGUUUUACGGAUGGCAUUGUUCCAGCAGAUGGGUUCGUCUAUCCCCAGAAAUCUACACCUCUCAAUCACUCGACGAGUUCUGAGGGCGAAACCGCUACUUCAGGAGAGCAAUGGUUCCACCUUGAUGCUGAGGCAACCUCAUCAGAGUCUGUCUGUAUUGGCUCGGAGACCAGUCAGACAUCAGCAUCUGCCCAGAAGUACGAAGCGAGUUGCAGGGAGGUUUUGAUAGCAAGAGGCGCAUACCACGACCCAGGGGUGCAAGGGUUCACGGUGAACAUUGGUGUUGAUAGUAUUUAG